AUGGCAGAUCUCCGCCGGGAAGAAGCAGAGCUGAGCAAGCGCAUCGAACGUUCGACGCGUUCGGUAACGGACCUGCAGGAACGGCAAAGCGAGGCUUAUCGCGACCUCGCCCGAUUUCGUCUGGACACUGAUGCGGCCGGAACACUUAACACGCGCCUCGACAGUGCUGCUCGUGAGGCAAGACGCCUGCUCGACAAGCGCAGCGACGAUUACAAGGUUCUGAGCGAACAGCUUCGCCAGUCUGAAUCCGAACGGAACCAGAAGCACAAGCAGCGCCAGGAGUUGGACACGUCGCGCGACACGGCGGAAAACCAGAUGGAUGACCUGAUGGAAACGGUCGACGGUCGCCUGGAAAACGACAGCGCUUACCUGGCUCAGCGCGAAACCGCAGAACAGGCAAAUGCGACCGCCGAGGCUGCGGCCGAAAAAGCGCGUACCGCCCAGCAGGACCAGGAACAGAAGGGCAAAUCCUAUGAUGCCGAUCCGCUAUUUGUCUAUCUGUGGCAGCGUGGUUACGGGACGCCUGACUACAAUUACAGGGGACUGACCAGGUCACUUGACCGUUGGGUUGCCGGACUGAUCCGCUAUGAUGAUGCACGGGCAAACUACGCCAUGCUGACAGGCAUUCCCGACCGCAUGGCAAGACAUGCCGAACGUUGCGCAGAGAUUGCCGCGCAGGAAGAAGAAAAGCUUGCCGAAUUCAGCCGCAAUGCCAUGAACGAUGCUGCGGGCACGGAUCUGGUCGGAUCGAUCGAAGGCUAUAGUGACGAGAUCGAGCAGAUCGACACGGACCUUGAAAAACUUGACAGUCAGAUUGAAACACUCGCUGGCGCACUCGCGGAAUUCUCCAGCGGCGAGGAUUCCGAUUUUCAGAAGGCCGAGGGGUUUUUGUCGGAAUCCCUGAAAGCCGACGAUCUCAAUGACCUGUGGCGAGCCGCAAUGGACACCCCCUCUCCGGAGGACGAAAAGAUCGUCCAGCGCAUAGAGGACUUCAGGGAGCGCGUCGAGCAGGUUGCCCGGGAAAUCCGGCAGGACCGCGAACUGCAGCGUGACAUCAGCCGCCGGAGAGCAGAACUCGCUGAUGUCAUCAAGCGCUUUCGAUCGAAAGACUACGGUAGUUGGGAAUCGACAUUUUCCGAUGACAAGCUCACGACGGUUCUGCUCGGCGAACUUGUCAAGGGCGCUAUCACGGGCGCCGACUACUGGGCGCGAGCGGAACGAUCUCAUCGUCGCCGGAAACCGCGCGGCCGCAAGGUUGCCUUUCCCAAUGGAUCCGGAUUACCGAAGUCCAUGGGUGGUUUCGGACGCUCGGGUCGCCGGUCUUCGGGAUCUGGCGGACAAUUCGGCGGUGGAGGCUUCAAGGGAGGUGGCAGUUUUGGCGGCGGCGGCUUCAAAACGGGCGACCAGUUUUAG